AUACAAAACCCUGUUAUAGGGUUUUAACAUCUCUCUCUAGCCUUAAACGCCCACAGAAUCACCAAACUCUCCGCAUCUCUCUUUCUUUCCCCAGGUAAGUUUAAAGAAACUAGCUCCGCCCCCGUUUACCAUUUCUAUUCUUCCUCAAACCCAAAUUCAGUUGAACUAAAACGAAGAAGGAGCCGACUUUUUCUCAACCUACACUGCAAAGUUUCUCAAUUUCAAUUGCGAUUCGAAGAUCGUGACUAUGGCCAGAGGCGUAGCUAGAGUUUUGCGUAGAGCGUUUACUUCCAGAGCUAGGGUUCUGUCCUCGACCCGAAAUUUCCACACUUGCAGAGAAACUCACUGCAGAUCUCUUGCUAAUCCCGAAUCUCAUGUUCUACCCACGACCCGGUUUGUUUCGAAUAGUCCGGUUCGGAUUCGCCUUCCAUGGAACGAUUACACACUUGGGUUUGGUAAAGUUAGAUGCUUUUCUUCAACGGUUGACAGUAAAGGCGAAAACGACGAGAACAAACUUGAAUCCAAUAUAGAAGACUGUGAAGAAGAAGAAAGCCUUCUUGGUUCUGACUCCGAGAGUGACGGUUACGACGAGGAAGGCGUGGUUAACGAGCUUGGCGUUGUAGACGAUUCAGCUGUUUCCGAUGUCUUUUCUAAUAACAACAGCCCAGAGAGCAGCGAAGCUGCUCGUGCUUUAAACGCUGCGUAUCAUGAUCCCGCGGCUCUGUACAAAGAGCUUAGAGGAAGUGAAGUGCGUUCUAACCUUCAGCGUAGCGAAUGGGAUACAUUACACGAGAUCUUCGGUUACUUUACACAGUCUGUCUACAUCGGUAAAUCGUUUUUCCCAACAGCUGUUGCCAAGUUCCGUGACUUCUUCUUCGAGACGUGUAACCUCGAGGUUGUUCAAGGUCUUGUCCGCGUUGGGGCAACAGAUGACGCCGUUAAGUUUCUAUUCCCCGUGUUUGUCGAGUUCUGUAUCGAAGAGUUUCCUGACGAGAUCAAGCGUUUCAAGAGCGUUGUUGAUUCCGCAGACCUCACCAGACCCGCUACUUGGUUUCCUUUCGCUAGAGCUAUGAAGCGUAAGAUCGUUUACCAUUGUGGACCGACCAAUAGCGGCAAGACUUAUAAUGCUCUGCAAAGGUUUAUGGAAGCGAAGAACGGUUUGUAUUGCAGCCCGCUUCGGUUGUUAGCUAUGGAGGUUUUCGAUAAGGUGAAUGCUUUAGGGGUUUACUGUAGUCUCUUGACUGGACAGGAGAAGAAACACGUCCCCUUCGCGAAACAUGUUUCUUGUACCGUUGAGAUGGUGUCUACAGAUGAGUUAUACGAAGUGGCUGUGAUCGAUGAGAUUCAGAUGAUGGCUGAUCCUAGCAGAGGUCACGCUUGGACUAAAGCUCUGCUCGGUUUAAAAGCAGAUGAGAUUCAUUUGUGCGGAGACCCGAGUGUGUUGGAGAUUGUGCGUAAGAUGUGUAGCGAAACAGGAGAUGAGUUGGUCGAAGAGCAUUACGAGAGGUUUAAACCGUUGGUCGUUGAAGGUAAGACUUUAUUAGGAGAUCUUAAGAACGUUAAGUCAGGAGAUUGUGUUGUUGCCUUCUCAAGAAGAGAGAUAUUCGAAGUGAAAAUGGCGAUAGAGAAACACACAAAGCAUCGCUGCUGUGUUAUCUACGGCGCGUUGCCUCCCGAGACGAGGAGACAGCAAGCGAAUCUGUUCAACGACCAAGAGAACGAGUACGAUGUUUUGGUCGCUAGUGAUGCCGUUGGGAUGGGGCUGAAUCUCAACAUAAGACGGGUUGUGUUCUACAGUCUGAGCAAGUAUAACGGCGAUAAGGUUGUGCCUGUACCGGCUUCGCAGGUGAAGCAGAUCGCCGGGAGAGCUGGAAGGAGAGGGAGCCGCUAUCCAGAUGGACUCACGACGACGUUACACUUGGAAGAUCUAACUUACCUGAUAGAGUGUCUGCAGCAACCGUUUGAUGAAGUUAGAAAAGUGGGGUUGUUCCCUUUCUUUGAACAGAUUGAGAUUUUCGCUGCGAAAGUUCCCGACAUGGCGUUUUCGAAGCUCUUGGAGCAUUUCGGUAAGCACUGCAGGCUGGACGGUUCUUACUUCCUGUGCCGUCACGAUCACGUCAAGAAAGUAGCAAACAUGCUGGAGAAAGUGCAAGGGUUGUCUCUAGAAGACCGGUUUAACUUCUGUUUUGCGCCGGUUAAUAUCAGGAACCCGAAAGCGAUGUACCAUUUGUAUCGGAUGGCGUCUACUUACAGCCAAGAUAUGCCGGUUAAUGUGGCCAUGGGGAUGCCGAAGAGUUCCGCUAGGAACGAUACAGAGCUGUUGGAUUUGGAGAGCAGACAUCAGGUUUUGUCUAUGUAUCUUUGGUUGUCUAAUCAGUUUGAAGAGAAGAACUUUCCGUUUGUGGAGAAGGUUGAAGCGAUGGCUACGAAUAUUGCAGAGUUGUUGGGUGAAUCUCUGACUAAAGCUAAUUGGAAGAUGGAGUCGAAAGAAGAGGUGAUGAAGGGUCAGAAGAAAGAAGAUGGAGGAGGAUAUGAGAGACCAACUUCACUGAUUAAGUUGGUUCGUAAUAAGUAAAGCAAAUUCAAGAUUGUGUUUGAGCGAAUCUUUUGUAUCUUUGUGGAUUUUGCUGAAAGUUUUGUCUGCAACUAGUUUAUAAGAAAUGGGGGGAUAUCAAAUCUUUAUUUAUUGUAUAUAUGACACGAGAGGCGAGCAUUAAA